GAGCACCCAGUUUCGAGGUAUUGGAGAUAGCCUUCACCGAACCGCACCCUCUGUCUCACCGCUCUCUCUCCUCAGUGCUCAAAACAGACAAAACAGAAAAACAUCCCUCUUCUUCUUCCCAUCCAGGAAUCAAGUUAUGCAUGUCCACCACCGCGUUCUCCAUCUCGAGAGCUUUCCAUUCUCCUAUGGCGCUCCCGCUAGCGUGGAGUAUCGGAGGAGAUCGAAGAAGCUCGCCCUCCAUGGCCGCCCGCGUCACCAGGGCUGGGCGCGCGCAGCUCGUGCUUCCUCGAGCGGGGGCCACGGCGGCGCGGCCACCGGACGACGGGGAGCCUCCUCUUCGCUCGCCCUCGGUGCUCUAUCAGCCGUCCUCGUCGCUCCCCCCGCCGUCCUCGUCGACUGCCCCGGCCAGCCGCCAGCCGCCUUCCACGUCGCACGCCCUCGUUGCUCCGCCGGCCGUCCUCGUCGCUCGCCCCGGCCGGCCACCGUCCUCGUCCCUCGCCCCGGAUGGCCGCCGUCCUGGUUGACCUGCCGGGGAGAACACAGGUUGCUGCCCGUGGCGGGUGGCGGGCGCAGGUGCGGGCACGAGAUUUUGCUCGCGGGCGCGGGCGUGCUAAGCCACUAUCCGCGCGGAUAUUGCCCGUUGGCAUCUUUAGGCUCGACCCAUGGCGGCGCCUCGGAUGAUGUAGACGAGGGAGGUGGUGAGGAGGUGGGCCAGUGGGACCCGCCUGUCAGCCCCUUUCGAGCGCAGCGCGAGGAACCACACCAAGAAGAAGAGGAGGAGGACGAUGAAGAAUGCGAGUGGUUGGACCUGACCUCCUUCUUGCGAAGCCAAGAAGGGGUCAGCGAUGUUUGCACCACCACGGCAGCCAUGGAAGAAAUCCUUGCCUUUGCGAGGUGCCCCGCUGCAGCGGGGGAACAAGGAUUCGCCGAGUUCAUGGCUGGAUACUGCCACCGGAACCUCAGCGAGGAGGAGUACAUGGAAUUGAUGUGGAGGAUGUCUGAAGAGGGGCUCGCGUUGGGCUGUGCCCACCUGUUCCGGUGGUUGCGGGAGAAGCAGCCGGUGCCAAUAUCGCCAAUGGCAUGGUUGACGGCUUUUGUUUCGCUUGGGCGGUGCCACAUGGCUGAUGUGAUCUUGGAGAUUGUGGCAAGGUUACCCAUGGAGAGGGAUUUCCAUGAGGCAGUUCUUUAUAAUGCAGCGAUAUCUGCCGUUGCCUACUGCAGGAGAUACGAUGGUGCUUGGGAAGUUUUUGAGCUAAUGGAAAAGAACAAUGUUCAACCUGAUCACAGGACAUCUGCAAUCAUGCUUAAUAUUAUGAAGAAGAGUAAGGCAUCUGCCAAGGAUGCAUGGGAAUUUUUCCAACGGAUGAACAGAAAAGGAGUCAACUGGAGCUUUGAUGUUGGUGCGGCUUUGAUAAAUAUCUUUUGUUUUGAUGGGCUAAAAAAGGAAGCUCUAAUCAUCCAGCUAGAAAUGGAGAAGAGAGGUAUUGCAUCAAACACAAGCAUAUAUGAAACUUUGAUGAAGGCAUACUGCAAAUCCAACCAAAUUGAAGAAGCUGAGGGGCUCUUUGUUGAGAUGAAAGAAAAAGGUUUGCAAGCAACAACCACAACUUAUAAUAUCCUUAUGGAUGCUUACAGUAGAAGAUUGCAGACAGAAGUAGUUGAAUCCUUACUUUUUGAGAUGCAAGAUUUAGGUAUAAGACCGAGUGCUGGAUCGUACAAUUGUCUCAUAAGUGCCUAUGGUCGCCAGAAGAAAAUGAGUGGAAAGGCUGAAGAUGCUUUCUUGAGGAUGAAAAGGGAAGGUAUUAAGCCAUUAUCUUCUUCAUAUAAUGCACUACUCUUUGCAUAUGCAGUUAAUGGAUUGCAUGAAAAAGCUCAUACCAUAUAUGUGGAUAUGAAAAGAGAAGGACUUAAACCUACCUUAGAAACGUAUACAGCUUUACUCAACACUCUUAGGAGAGCAGGUGACACAGAGAAGCUAAUGGAGACAUGGAAAACUAUGAUUGAUGAAAAGGUUGGUGGAACACGAGUCAUAUUCCAUGUGGUGCUCGAUUGUUUAGCAAAACAUGGGCUGUAUCUUCAGGCGAGGGAUGUUAUAUAUGAGUUUGGAAAGAUUGGCUUAAAGCCUACUGUCAUGACAUAUAACAUUUUGAUGAAUGCUUAUGGAAGAGGCGGGCAGCAUUACAAAUUGCCCCAACUCCUCAAAGAGAUGGCAGCCUUGGAACUAAAACCAGACUCCAUUACAUAUUCUACAGUGAUAUAUGCGUAUGCCCGUGUUCGUGACUUCUCAAGGGCGUUCUACUACCACAAGCAGAUGGUCCGAAGUGGGCAAAUACCUGAUCCUAGGUCAUAUAGAAAGUUGUUGAAUACUUUGGAUGUGAAGGCUGCAAGAAAGAACAUAAAGGAUAAGAGUGCCAUACAAGGGAUGAUUAGGGGCAAGUCUGGCUUAAAACCUAGGAAGGAAAAGAAAGAUGAGUUUUGGAAGAACAGAAAAAAGCGGUCUAUGCUGAACCAUGGACAUCAGUGAAAAGGAAUUUUGUGAAGUUUAUCUUCUGUGUACAUUAGAUUGUGUUCAAGAUUUACAUCCUAUUUCAUGGUCCCCUGCAUUUUCACUUUCACUCUUGAAAUGUUUGAGUUUGAGACUAAAGGGUUAUAGACAUACAUUUUAGUUUUCUGUUCUCAAUAUUUUGCGUUUUAACAUGGUCGGCUUCGAAAACUUAGGUAAAUGAACUUCAUCUGUUUGUUAUUCUUUAUCUGUAUCAUUAAAAAUUUAGACUUUUGAACAUGACUUGUUUAUUUCCUACCAUGAAAAUUUUUAGUGAUACACUUGGACAGCAAUAUCAUUGUAAUCUUAUUAAAAUAUUAAUGAUGAAUGAUGCCAACUUGAA